ACAUGAAUCAUCGUGUUUAACGAGUCUCAUUGAUCUCUAAUCGGCACAUCUAUGCCAGUAUAAAUCUAAAUGCCACCAGUAGUUUAACCGGAGCUUUCGAGGAAACAACUAUUUCAUCCGAGUUGGAAGUAUAAAAUGAAAUUUAAAAAAAUGAAAUUAUUUCUUACUUUAGUAUCGAUCAUCGCUUGUUUCAACCUCACGUUGCUGAAGGCCUAUCCACAGCCUGAAAAUAGUCCAGCAGAUCUGGAAGGAUUGUUGAAAAACGCAUUGCCGACAUCACUUACUGCCGAUAUGCCGCCUGAAGUUGAAUGUCCCGAAUUUCCUCAUUUACUGUUUAAGUGCAUUUCAGAAGAAGAGUGGAAAAUGAUCGAGUCUUGUGAGAAAGAAACCGAAUUGAAAUUGAACAUGACUAAACCCACUAUCAAAAGUGGCGCUUCAAAAGCCCAACAAAUAGAGGACAGAGAAAAACUCGAAGAGGAAGAAAAAAAGUUUGACACGCUUUCUUCCGAAUGUUUCUUAAAGAAAAUGGGUGUGGCGGAUGAAAUGACAAGCCAGCUUGACAUGGCCGGAUAUGUAAAAUUCUACAAAACUACUUCUCUAUCUUCUGAACAGAAGGUGUUGGCUGCCGCCGAUUUCAUUUCGUGCAUGACGGCCAAGUUAAUCACACCUUCCUUACCUGUCUUCGUUCGAUGGAUUGAGUCAAGCAAUGAAGUAAUUGGCAACUUGGUCACAGCCAACCAUGUUAUAGGUUGUGACUCACACUCCUUAAUUAAGAAUGGCUGUUCCGAUGCUUCCGUCAGCAAUUCAACUCUGGCUUGGGCUUUGCAAGAACUACAGACCAGCAUAGCAAAAGAGAUUAUUCAGUAAAAACCAAGGGGUCGGCGACGGCGAUCCAUGAAUUCAGUACUUUCAUUGAUGAACACUUUUUCCCUCUAUGAAAUCAAUAUAAUACGCUUUAUGUAGCCCUAAGUUCACGUAAUCAUCGGUAUAGCUGUGUCUGCAGUAAUAUCGAGAUAUAUUAUAUUUUUCGCCACUCCAAUCGUUGGUGAAAGCACAGCAACCUUUUUCUAUCCAUAUUGAUACUAUUGUUUUUUUGGCAAGUUAAAAACUCCAGUGAUUUAUUCAAUAAAUGGCAAAAUCUGACUGGAACAACUGGUGGGAGGUAUACUAUUACUUUAAUUUCAUCCACACUCCUAAAUGAUCAAAUAUCAGCACAAUAAAGAACUAUUUGAGACCAAGUUACUUAAAAAAAAACUCAUGUAAUUUGAAAAGAUUUUAGUGUUCAAACAAAUAGCUAAAAAAAAACUAAUGAUUUUAUGAAUACAAAUCCAACAGUCAACAAGGUAAUA